CGCUGCUCUCACUUCACUAUGGGCGAGCAAAAAGGUAAAUCUCCGACACCUCCUAUAGUGUCUGUCAUCUCUGGCGGCAUCGCAGGUGGCGUCGAAGCUUUUGUCACAUUCCCCGCGGAAUACGCGAAGACGAGGGUGCAGCUGAGGAGUGAUACGAAACCGCCACGGAACCCGUUCUCUAUCAUCUCUCGCGUCUAUCGACAGGAAGGUCUGCGGGCGCUUUACAAGGGCUGUGGUGUGCUCGUCGUCGGGAGCGUUGGCAAGGAUGCGGUGCGGUUUCUGGGCUUUGACACGGUGAAGAAUGCUUUCAAGGACCGCGAGACGGGGACCCUUUCCCCCGGCCGGAACAUGCUCGCUGGGAUGAGUGCUGGAGUUCUGGCUUCGAUUUUCGCGGUGACGCCUACUGAGCGUAUCAAGACGGCCCUCAUUGACGACGCGCGAGGCGCAAAGCGAUACCAAUCCACGUUGCACGCAAUUCGGAUGAUUCUUCGUGAAGAUGGCUUCGUCGGCCUCUAUCGUGGUUUUGCCGGCACGACCCUUAAGCAAGCUUCCGCUACUAGCUUCCGCAUGGGCUCCUACAAUAUCAUCAAGGAUUUUGAGGAGGUCCGUAACAUCCCUCAGAGCACUGCGGUUAAUUUUGUCAAUGGCUCUGCAGCUGGUCUCAUAACCACCCUCGCAACCCAACCCUUCGAUACCAUCAAGACGCGAUCCCAAUCCGCAAAAGCCACCACCACCGUAGAAGCCAUAACCAGUAUUCUGAAAGACGGAGGGAUCCGAGCGUUCUGGCGCGGUACCGUCAUGAGACUAUCAAGGACGGUGAUCAGUGGAGGUGUGUUAUUCACGACCGCUGAGGCUAUAGCGAAGAUUCUGAAUCCUAUGUUCGUACGAUGAUGACCAGGAAGAGAUUCCUUGAGUCUAGACAUCCGGGUUCCAUUAAACUUUAUUCAUCUAUACAUCUAUCCUAUGUAGAUGUCGGUUCUCUAUGUAUGUCUAAACUUAUCGUACGAGGAUUUGCCUUGGGGGUGUGUUCACAAUUCAAUUCUCGAAGCCGUUGUCAUCAAGCAUGAUGAUUGAAAAAGCGUUUGUUUGUUGUAACCCCUUUUCAGCAUGCUGCUAAUGGCACGUUGAUUGGGAAAUGGAUAUUUUGGUGUCUUUUCUCUCUCGCAUUUUUCCUUCACUUCGCCAGAACUCGGCGUUGCGAAUGGAUUGAGAUGGAUGGAUGGAUGCAUUCAGUAUCUAGAUAAGAGAAAAGGUAACUCGUCGAAAAAGAAAAAGGUGACUCGGUGAAUAGAGGAUAGCUAUAUAGUUAUUUACAUAUCAUCUCACAUACACAGU